AUGCUGCUUGACCUGCCCAUUUCUGACAACACGCAACUCGUCUUCGGUGCUGUGGCUUGCCUUGGUUUAGUGGGAGCAAUUAGUUGGGCUUCCUUUGCUAGCUCAGAGAGUGGCCUUCCUCUCCCGCCUUCCCCUCUCAAUUGUGGCCUCCUGGGACACUUCCUGCCCCUUCGCAAUUCGUUUCUUACCAUAGCGGCAUGGAUUGACGAGUACGGUCCUCUCGUCACUAUUCGUUCAGGAACUGAGAAGAUUGUUGUCAUCGGCCGCCACAAAGCUGUAGUGGAAAUCAUGGAGAAGCAGGGCGGAUCGCUAGCGGAUCGUCCUCGCAUGAUUGCUGCUGGAGAAAUCCUCAGCGGCGGACAGGCGGUCGGUUUUAUGCACGCUGGGGACAAGUUUCGUCGGAUGCGUAGAGCACUUCAUACGCAUCUCCAGCCUAAAUCGGCAGAAGCUUAUCAGCCUCUGCAGAUGUCACACGCGAAACACAUGGUCCUGGACAUUCUUGAUGAUCCAUACAACUUCCAAAACCAUGCGACAACUUUUGCUGCGGCGACGAUUAUGAAAAUUACAUACGGAAAGACUACGCCCACGUCUGCAACUGAUCCUGAAGUCAGAGAAAUUCACAACCUCUUCGAGAGCUUUCGUACAGCUCUGCGCCCUGGUGCUUACCUGGUGGAGUCGAUUCCAUGGCUCAGAUACCUUCCUUGGUAUGGCCAGGACUUGAAACAGCAGUUUGAGAAGACCAGGGAACUCUACACAAAUCAGCUCAACCGCGUGAAACAGCAGAUAAGUAAUGUGGAUGUCGGCCCUUCGUUUGCGAAAUAUAUGCUGGAACACGACAACCUCUAUAAUUUGACAGAAACCGAGAAGGCCUUUCUUGGUGGCGCUUUGUUCGGAGCUGGAUCUGAUUCGACUGCUACGGCAAUAUGCACGGUGCUAAUGGCGGCCGCAUGUUUCCCCAAGGAACAAGCUAAAGUCCAAGUCGAGCUCGAUACGGUCAUCGGGAGGCACCGAGCACCGACCUUCGCCGACCAACAAUCUCUUCCUCAUCUGGAGGCCUUCAUCUCGGAAGCCUUGAGAUGGAGACCAUUGGCUGCUAAUGGAUUUGCUCACCGGACGACUCAAGAUGUGAUUUGGGCAAGUGCUGAAAAAUAUUGCAUUCCCGCGGGGACUACGGUGUUCGGCAACCACUGGGCCAUCUCUCGAGAUCCACAAGUCUACCCAGACCCUAAUGCGUUCAAACCUGAGCGCUGGAUUAACGAUCAAGGUUGCAUGAGAGAUGACCUCAAGUUCUUCGUCUACGGGUUUGGUCGGCGGAUAUGCCCCGGUCUACACGUUGCGAACAGAUCAGUUUUCAUAAGCUCGCUCCUUAUUUUUUGGGCUUUCCAGCUCACUCUGGAUCCUACAAAGCCGCUGGAUGACUGGGGUUUCAUGACCGGGGCGAUGCCGAAUGACAGGCCAUGCGCUAUUGACUUCAAGGCGAGAUCUCCAGAAGUGGAGCUCAGGCACAUGAUGCAGAAUUAUCCCGACGCCGCAUGAGAAGCAUUGACACCGCAACCAGGCUCGGACGAAACAGAGAACCAGUUGGGAACGAAUCACCACUUUGUUCAUACUCUCAGGUCUCGCAGUAUCACUGACCUACAAUAUUACAAUCUGAGCUGUACAUUCAAUAAAAGCAGAAGCUUCUCAUUUUAACAGAGGCCGAUGGUUCCGUAUACACCAACAUUCCCUCAAACUUCACUUCUGGUAGUAGCCGUCCCACUCAUCGACAUUGACGCAGGUCGUAGAUAGUUCACACUGUCUAGCAUCGGGUCUGACAUGGACGAUUCGUGGACACGCGCGUUUCUAUGUCGAAGGCGAAAUAGAAUUCGCGAUGCCAGGACGCUGUGACUGACCAGCUGUAGCCUAGUGCAGUGGGUUCGGGAUCAACUAGCAGCCAGAGUGCAAUCAGUGACGUACGUAUCAAGCAUAUUGCUAUAAGCGCUCUGCAGAAAAUUAGCGAGUCUCGUAGGAUU